AUGGCGUCUCGCUCGACAUCGCGUCGCUUCUUGCGAUAUGCCGCCACAGCCUCAGCGGUCGCUGUCACCGGGACAGCCGCCCUGUACACCUUCCGUAGUCGUCGCCCGCUCGACGCAGACUACAGCUCUGUGCCUUCGUUCCUGACUUCCCCGCCGCAAUUCCCCAAGGUCACACCGCGUGACCAACAGAUCGCCGCCUUGAAAAAGAGCAGCUCGAACCCCGACGAGGUCUACGACCUGCUGGUCAUCGGCGGCGGUGCGACGGGAACAGGAAUCGCCCUGGACGCGAGAACUCGCGGCCUCAAGGUUGCCCUCGUUGAGCGUGACGACUUCAGCAGUGGCACGAGCAGCAAGAGCACGAAGCUGGUGCACGGCGGAGUGCGUUACCUCGAAAAGGCCGUCAAGGAGCUCGACUACGAGCAGUACAAGCUGGUAUGCACGGCGCUCAAGGAGCGUCGAUACUUCCUCGACAUCGCCCCGCAUCUGUCGUCGUCGUUGCCCCUGCUGCUGCCCAUCAAGCACUGGUGGGAAGCUCCUUAUCUCUGGAUCGGCACACAGAUGUACGACCUGCUCGCCGGAUCGGAGGGCUUGCAGCCCUCGUACUUUAUGCCGCGCGGAAAGGCCAUGCAGGAAUUCCCGACCCUGGAUGCGACCAAAUACGUUGGUGGCCUGGUAUACUACGAUGGACAACACAAUGACUCGCGUAUGAACGUCUCGCUCGCGAUGACUGCUGCCUUUUACGGUGCGACAGUCGCCAACCACGUUGAAGUGACUGGUUUGGAGAAAGACGCCGCCGGUAAAAUCUGCGGUGCUAAGCUCAGGGAUGUGCUUUCCGACGACCAGGAGUUCGUUGUCAAAGCCCGAGGUGUGAUCAAUGCCACCGGGCCGUUUGCAGAUGCCAUUCUGCAGCAAGACCAACCCUCGAUGAAAGAAAUUGUCAUGCCUAGUAGCGGUGUUCACAUCGUCUUGCCCGAGUGGGUUGGACCUAAGAACCUCGGUCUCAUCGACCCUUCGUCCGACGGCCGUGUCAUUUUCCUGCUGCCCUGGCAAGGAAAGAUGGUGGCUGGCACUACAGACGUGGCGUGUGCAAUUGAGCACGAGCCCAUCCCCGAGGAAGAGGAGGUCAAUUGGAUUGUGACCGAGGUCAACCGUUUGUUGGCAUCAGAUGUCACUGUCAAGCGAUCUGACGUGCUGGCAACCUGGUCUGGAAUCCGUCCCUUGGUUCGCGAUCCCAAUGCCAAAAACACCGAGUCUCUCACCCGUAGCCAUCUCAUCACCGUUUCCGAGUCCGGCCUACUGACUUGCGUGGGAGGAAAAUGGACCACAUACCGAGAAAUGGCUGAGGAUGCUGUCGACCACGCCGUCAAGGAGUUCAACCUGCAGCCACAAGCCCUGCCCUCGUCCAACAUCAGUGGUAUUAGCACUGCCAAAAUCACUGAUUUGGACGGCGAAUGUCGCACACAACAACUGCGCCUCGUCGGUGCUCAUGGAUUCUCUCCAAAACUGCACAACGAACUCGUCCAGCGUUUCGAGCUGGCCGACGACGUCGCAGAGCACCUUGCCCACAACUACGGUGACCGGGCAUGGGAAGUUGCUUCCCUCUCGUCCCCAGCCAACAAACCCACCCAGCGUAUCGCCGGUGCUGCUUUCCCCUUUGUAGACGGCGAGGUUCGCUAUGCUAUCCGCAGCGAGUACGCCAUGACGGCCGCUGACAUUGUUGGUCGCCGCAUGCGCUUGGCCUUUUUGGACGUGCAGGCUGCACUCCAGGCCCUCCCUACCGUCAUCUCCAUCAUGGGCGAAGAGCUCAAGUGGAAUGAGAAGAGACAGAAGCAGGAGUUUGCCGACGCAGUCAAAUUCUUGCGUUCCAUGGGAUUGAGGGAGGAUGUUGCCGUGUAA